ACUAAGAUACUCAGUUCCAAGUUUGGAGCUUUUAGCUGCCAGCCCUGGCCCAUCAUGUAGCUGCAGCACAGCCUUCCCUAACGUUGCAACUGGGGGGAAAAAAAUCACUUUCCAGUCUGUUUUGCAAGGUGUGCAUUUCCAUCUUGAUUCCCUGAAAGUCCAUCUGCUGCAUCGGUCAAGAGAAACUCCACUUGCAUGAAGAUUGCACGCCUGCAGCUUGCAUCUUUGUUGCAAAACUAGCUACAGAAGAGAAGCAAGGCAAAGUCUUUUGUGCUCCCCUCCCCCAUCAAAGGAAAGGGGAAAAUGUCUCAGUCGAAAGGCAAGAAGCGAAACCCUGGCCUUAAAAUCCCCAAAGAAGCAUUUGAACAACCUCAGACCAGUUCCACGCCACCUCGAGAUUUAGACUCCAAGGCUUGCAUUUCUAUUGGAAAUCAGAACUUUGAGGUGAAGGCCGAUGACCUGGAGCCUAUAGUGGAGCUGGGGCGAGGUGCGUAUGGGGUGGUAGAGAAGAUGCGACACGUACCCAGCGGGCAGAUCAUGGCGGUGAAGCGGAUCCGGGCCACAGUCAAUAGCCAAGAGCAGAAACGGCUACUCAUGGAUUUGGACAUUUCCAUGAGGACAGUGGACUGUCUGUUUACCGUCACCUUUUAUGGAGCGCUCUUCCGGGAGGGUGAUGUGUGGAUUUGCAUGGAACUUAUGGAUACAUCCCUAGAUAAAUUCUACAAACAAGUUAUCGAGAAAGGCCAAACAAUUCCAGAGGACAUCUUAGGGAAAAUAGCAGUUUCUAUCGUAAAAGCUUUAGAGCAUUUACACAGUAAGCUGUCUGUCAUUCAUCGAGAUGUCAAGCCUUCUAAUGUGCUCAUUAAUGCUCUGGGCCAAGUGAAGAUGUGUGAUUUUGGAAUCAGUGGCUACCUGGUGGACUCUGUCGCUAAAACAAUUGAUGCAGGUUGCAAACCAUACAUGGCCCCUGAAAGAAUAAACCCAGAGCUCAACCAGAAGGGAUACAGCGUGAAGUCUGACAUUUGGAGUCUGGGCAUCACAAUGAUUGAGCUGGCCAUCCUCCGGUUUCCCUACGAUUCGUGGGGAACUCCAUUUCAGCAGCUCAAACAGGUGGUGGAGGAGCCAUCACCGCAACUCCCAGCAGACAAGUUUUCUGCAGAGUUUGUUGACUUUACCUCACAGUGCUUGAAGAAGAAUUCCAAAGAACGGCCUACAUACCCAGAACUUACGCAACAUCCAUUUUUCACCCUACAUGAAUCCAAAGCAACAGAUGUGGCAUCUUUUGUAAAACUGAUUCUUGGAGACUAAAAAACAAUGGACUUAACCAGUUGACCCUGCUGUGGAUUGGUGGGUUUCAGGGUGAAGCAAGUUCACUACAGCGCCAAUGGAAAGUCGUCUUUGAGAUAAUUUAACCCUGCCUCUCAGAGGGUUUUCUCUCCCCAUUUUCUUUUCUCCCCCUCAUCCAAAGGGGGCUUUGGAAUCUAUAGGAUAGAAUGAACUUUCUAGAUAGAUGGAAUAUGAUAAAGGCUUAGGACUUCAAAGGUGAUUAAAUAUUUAAUGAUGUGUCAUAUGAGUCCUGAAGCUUCUCCGACUUCUCUUGUUCUUUACAAAAUGAAUGCAUUGGUCCUGGCGAAAAGGUGCUACCGUAGUGAUGAAAUUAUAAGUAGAUUUGUACUGUGUCCCAUUUAUUAUUUUAAUAUUUAUGUUUUAAGUGCUUGGUUGAAAAGAUGCCAUUUUAUGCAAGAAGGGAGAUACAUACAAAAGACAGGUUGGGUUAGCAAUAUUUAUAGGGCUUUUAUUUUUUAAGUUCAAUCGUGUCUGUGGUCCAGAAGAAAUUAUUUAAUAUGCAUCUUUAAGAAUAUUAUAAAAAUAUCAAAAAGGA